CUUCAUGACCUAUCGGCUGUUAUCACAACAAAUCAGACUUGGCUGAAAGGGAAGCGCGACUACUUCUCUUCGGAGCAACUCUUGGUAGUUUAUUGUUCUUUCUACCGGCCUGUUUGUUGCUUUUUGUCGUGGGGAGUUUUCCAUCGACGGUUUCAGGAUGGUAAAAGUUUCAUUUAACGGCGCUUUGGCGCAGAAAGAUGUGAAGAAAGAUGCUGAAACUCUGAUCCCCGAGGAGAACACGGACGCUGAAGCUGCUGUGUUGGUGCACCGCCGCUCUCGCGUCUGGUGCUGGUGCAUGUGCCUGGGUCUGGCCCUCAUGCUGUCUGGAGUGGUCGUAGCAGGAGCCUACCUGUACCGCUACUACACCCAGGAGGUGAACAAAAGUCUCUACAGCUCUGAGGAAGAACCUCAACCGGUCUACUGGUGUGGAGUAGGUUACGUUGAGGAAGAUUACAUGGUUCCUGAUGAAGAGGUUGAGAGGCCCAGCAGGAUCGUGCAGAGGAUAGAAGAGAGGAUCAGGGUUCUGGAGCGGGAGCAGGUGGAGCUCAUCAGCGUUCCUGUGCCUGAGUUCGAGGAAGGAGACCCUGCAGAUAUCGUCCAUGACUUCCAGAGGAGGUUGACUGCCUACCUGGAUCUGAACCUCAACAAAUGCUAUGUUAUCCCAAUCAACACGUCCAUCGUCAUGCCUCCCAGAGACCUUUUGGAUCUGCUCAUCAAUAUUAAGGCUGGUACCUACCUGCCUCAAUCCUACCUGAUCCAUGAGGAGAUGGUGGUGACGGAGCGCCUGGAGCACGUCGACCAGCUUGGAUACUUCAUUAACAACCUCUGCCGUGGGAAGGAAACCUUCAAGCUGCAGCGCAGAGACAGAAUCCUGGGUAUCCAGAAGCGUGAAGCUCUCAACUGCCACAAGAUUCGCCACUUCGAGAACAAGUUUGUGGUGGAAACUUUGAUCUGCGAGCCUUAAGACGCCUCACCACAGCUCUUAAAGCCACUGGCGCCGAGUGAGAUUGUGUUCUUGAUCCUCACCUAUCUGUCUACUAUUCUGCAAUAAAACGUUUGAGCGACUGAGGGGAGUGAAAUGUGAAGCUGUUUGGUAAAUAUCUACUGAAUGUUGAUUUAAAAAAAAAAAAAAGGUAAAGCUUAUAAUUUUCUUCUUUCUGCAUGGGAAUCAUCUAGGAGUAUAUUCAAGAAAAUACCUAGCUUAAAAUUUGCUGAAUAUCAACGUAUAAAUUAUUAUAAUCAAAGCAGCUGCAGAAGUAGCAAACAUUUGCUUUUUUAGAUGUGACGUAAUCUCUGAUUUUCUGUUUGAAUAUAAAACCUUAGGCGACAGGGCAACCUUUGUAUCACUGAUUCUGGUUUUUCAACCUCAUCAGUCUAGGGAGACUAUUUUUCUAAUGUCUGCUGUAGCUGAUAGUAUACUGCACCAGUUGUUUCCUAUCUGGAAAUCAUUCUUAAUGUAAGAUUUUGGAAUUGUUUUGUUUGUUUUCAACUCUUAAAAAAACAGGAAAAAAGUGGAAAGAGAAAUAAGAAUUAAGGGCUACCAAGAAGCACACUUAUAUGAAAGUCUUUUUCAAAUAUUUUUUCUAAAAGUUUCAUUUUUGACAACUUUUCUUGUACUAAUUUGUGUAUAUAAUCUCGUCAAAGAAAUAAA